AUGUUGGCCUCGGCGUGGUUGCUGCCAGCGGGCGAGGAGAGGCAGGACGCGGUGCCCAUCAGUCAGAGCGAUAUCAAGCUGUGGCCCUUCAAGGUCAUUUCUGGGCCUGGUGAGAAGCCAAUGAUUGUUGUCCAGCACAAGGGUGAGGAGAAGCAGUUUGCAGCUGAACAGAUCUCCUCUAUGGUUCUCAUCAAGAUGCGUGAGAUCGCUGAAGCUUACCCUGGCAGCACGAUCAAGAAUGCUGUUGUGACAGUCCCUGCCUACUUCAACGACUCACAGGGGCAGGCCACAAAGGAUGCUGGGGUGAUUGCUGGCCUCAAUGUGCUGCGUAUCAUCAACGAGCCAACUGCUGCUGCUAUUGCCUAUGGUCUUGACAAGACGGCUACCAGUGUUGGCGAGAAGAACGUCCUCAUCUUUGACCUUGGAGGUGGUACCUUCGAUGUCUCCCUCCUCACCAUUGAGGAAGGUAUCUUUGAGGUCAAGGCCACAGCUGGUGACACCCAUCUGGGUGGUGAGGACUUUGACAACAGGAUGGUCAACCACUUCGUCCAGGAGUUCAAGAGGAAGAACAAGAAGGAUAUCAUUGGCAACCCGAGGGCUCUCAGAAGGCUGAGGACUGCUUGUGAGAGGGCGAAGAGGACUGAAAUAUGCUGA